GAAGUGUGGCUCGUGCAACACAGACAACUACACCGUAGUGAGGUGGAAGAAGUGACAGAGAUGGCAGAUUUGUCGUUGUAUUUAACUACUGUCAACGUUUCCCUGGGGCAAACUAUGGAAAGUGAGAAGAGUCCAGGAGGGGUGACAGACUUUGACAGUGUAGAGAUGGGAGACUCAGCGAGGAGUCAGGGGAGGGUGAAGGUUCCCCGAAAGACCAUCUACUUUGCCAACGGUGAGACCAUGGAGGAGUACAGCACUGAUGAAGAGGAAGAAGAGGAGGAUGUUGUGAAGAAAGAAGUCGUCACCGUAGAUCCGGGUAAAUUGACCUGGGGUCCAUAUUUCUGGUUUCAAAUGUGGAGAAUGGCCACCUCCACCAUCUCAGUGUGUGACUACAUGGGAGAGAGACUGGCUUCUCUUUUUGGCAUCACUACUCCUAAGUACCAGUAUGCAAUUGAUGAGUACUACCGUAUGAAAAAAGAGGAGGAGGAGGAAGAGGAGGAAAACCGUCUGUCUGAGGAUGCGGAGCGUCGGAUUGCAGAGCAGCGACGAGGCGAGCAGGAUGCUCCUCAUGCUGCCACUGUGGAGCAGCCAGAGUCGUCUGGCGCGUCCUUUGUAAACAUUAGCUUUGAGCUCGAACCUGAGCCUUCUCUCAGCGCUGCAGACACCAACAGAGUCCCCUCCCCUCUCCCCUCCUGAAUACUGACACUCAUUGACAAAGGUCUAAUAUUCACGCAUUUCUGUCAGGCAAAACCUUAAUUAAUUUACUGUAUAGAUUAAUAAUAUUGUUAUUUUUCUAUGUUAUUUUAUAAAGAGAUCUUCGUAUACAGUGCAGGGAUGAAUUCAAAGGGCUGUGGAAGUGGCUGUACUAGCCUUAUCUGCAAAUGUAAACUUAUGUACAGUGUGCUAAAGAAUGCAAGACAUUUAUUAAACCCAUAGGCUGGGACUGCACUCAACUCACUUAAAAUUAACAUCAGCUGAGAAAGGUGAAAUAAGUGCUGGAUUUAAUUUUUACUGAGAAAUAGAAAUCAAAUUCAGUCAGUUUUUCAAAUGACCAGGUAGUGAUGAAAUCAGUUGCCAAGGCUUCUGUACUAUUGAAUUGCACUGAGAAUAUAUUCUACUCUUCAUCUCAGCCUGUCGUUGCUGUAUUGUCAUGACUGGAAUUAAGAAACACAGAAGAAUAGCAAACAAAGUUAAGAAAAGGAACAAGUAGCAUUGACUUAACUUAUGUACUUACUUACCUUGCAUAUAGGCCUAUAAAACAUCUGCUGAGACAAAGACUUAAAAUGUACCAGUUUUGAAUCAUUGAGUUUCAUUAGCACAGUCAUAAGCCAAUAUUGAAUCCAAAUACAUAUGAUAAUCCUGCUGUGCCCUCUAUGAAGUUGUCCACAAAUACCACUGUACCUGCUUGGAUUGGACAGAGGUCAUAUCUGUACUUCUACUCAUUUGCUGGCAAAGAUUGGUCCAAUAAAUGCACAUACAGUGGACCACUGUGCCAGGGCAUGAUGAUUUUUCCCAUGUAUUAAGUGCCCCUACAAACGUAACUGUCCAACAUGUCAGAGUCUUGGAGUAACUGGGGCCAGUGUGCGUCUCCUGGCUCAGGCCUGAAGCUGCAGUCUGUUGUUAAAACUGACUUAACCAUUAACCUCGAAGAAUCUGGUUCCUGCUUUCUUUAGUUUGUGUUUCUCACAAUGUAAAAUGUGUUGAAACAGCUGAAAAACAGAAGCAACUUGCAUGAAUUAAUAAUUGUUUUGCCAAAAAUGAGUCAGGCAACGCAGCUAAUGUAGAUUCAGUAAUAAAAUUAAUAUAGUCUAAAUCUUUGAAAAUCAAACUAGUACUCAGAUUGAUUGAUGAUUGUGGCAUUAAAUUGGGAAAUGGAGUUGCCCACAUACAUUGCUAGUACCUUCAUGCGUGUUGAGAGUUCAUUCUGUAAGUGUCCUUGCCUGAGCUGUCAGAAGCUUCUUAUUAAUUAUUUUUAUCCACUGAUGUGUCUGUGUGGUGUGAGGACAGGCCUCGGAUCUUAUUAGAACAGAGCAGCAGUGUUUAGUCAGAAGUAAACCAGACACUGUGGACACCCUCUCGUUUCUCAUUACCAACCCUAAGAAAUUUCACACUGCUCUUUUCAAAAUGAUCAAUUUGAAGAAGUAAUUUAUGGGCAACAUAGUAACUGAAAUAUUAACAUUUGACUGUGAAAUAUUCAGUGUGUUAACAACACUUGGCUAAAUGUCUUUCACUGCAGUAGUCAGUGAAGGAUCUUCAUGCUUUUUAUGGUGUAAAAUAAAAACCAACAUAUGCAAAAAGUAUUUUAACUGAAACUCUUAAUGAAUCUGUAUAUAUAUAUUUAUAUUUUCUGUGUCUUAAUAAAGCCUUUAAACAUUAAAAAUG